AUGAACCUGCUGCGAUCGACUUCACUUCAGGUCAAAUCUGCCUUUGUGCUCUGCUUUCUGGUGACUGCCCUUGGGUUGUACAUCGCCACAUCCGGCUUUAUCUCUCACACCUCGGCCUCUCCAAAGAAGCACUCCAGGCACGAUCUUCGCCUCAAUCACAUUCAAGUAAUCGGCACGCAUAACUCCUACCAUCGAGAGAUCUCCCGGAGCGAACGCAAAGUCUUCGAACAAUACGUCCCCUCACCAGACAACUACUACUAUUCUCACUCGAAAUGGGCGGAUCAACUAGACCACCAACAAGUCCGAAGCUUCGAGAUUGAUCUCCAUUCAGACACUAAGGGCGGAUUGUACUCCCAACCUCUGAUAUGGAAGCUGUCAAACCUCACAAACGAGACAGCACAACCAUGGCACGACGAGAAAAUGAACGAACCCGGUCUCAAAGUCUUCCACAUCACCGACGUCGACACAAACUCCAUCUGCCACACAUUCAUCGAAUGCCUUCAGCAGCUCCUGGAAUGGUCCAACGCUCACCCAAACCAUCUCCCCCUAACUCUCGACCUCGAACUCAAGAACGACGCAAUAGCGUGCGCGCUGGGAGGCGUCUGCGCCGAAGAAGCCACGAACUGGAACCUCGAACGCAUCCUCAACGUCGACGAAGAAAUCCGCAAAAUCAUGCCGAGAGAGAAACUCAUCACCCCCGACGACGUCCGAAAGGCCGGUCUCACGCUCGAAGAAUCCGUUGUGAAACAUGGCUGGCCCUCUAUCGAGCGAAGUCGAGGGAAAUUCAUGUUCUAUUUCGACAACGACCCGAAAAAUCAAACGGGCGAUAUUCGAACUCUCUAUCGCAGCAAUGGACACGAAAGUCUACAGGAUCGCACGGUGUUUACGAAUGCGGUGGAGGGAGAUGCGGAUUGUGCGUUUAUCAAGUAUAAUGAUCCCGAUGUGAAGGAAAUUCAGCGAUUGGUGCGGAAAGGGUAUUUUGUGAGGACGAGGGCUGAUGAGCCGAUUCGUACGAUUGUUGAGAGGAAUGUGACGAUGAGGGAGUGGGCGCUCAAGAGUGGUGGGCAGGUUGUGAGUACUGAUUUUCCGGCUUAUGGGAUGAGUGCGCGGUGGGAUCGGGAUUAUGCUGUGCAGUGGGGGGAUGGACUUGUGGCGAGGUGUAAUCCUGUUACGGCGCCGAAGUGGUGUAAAGAUGGUAUGGUGCAGGAGAGGAAGGGGCCGAGAAGGGAGCUGUAA